CGAGUGUUACCACUUGUUUAGAAUUCCCGAAAGAUGGCGGCGGCGCCUCCGGAUGGGGCUACCCUGCAGUCUCGCAUCAACAAGGCAACCAACCCUUUAAAUAAGGACACUGACUGGGACAAUAUCACGGGAUUUUGUGAUCAGCUCAACAAUGAUCCAGAAGGUCCCCAGCUUGCAACCAGACUUCUGGCCCACAAAGUCCAGUCUCCUCAGGAGUGGGAGGCUAUGCAAGCGCUUCUGGUUCUGGAGACGUGCAUGAAGAGCUGUGGGAAGCGAUUUCACAGUGAAGUGGGAAAGUUUCGCUUUCUCAAUGAGCUCAUCAAAGUGGUGUCACCGAAGUAUUUGGGUACUCGGGCUCCAGAGCCAGUGAAGAAUAAAGUGAUAGAAAUAAUGUUCAGCUGGACAGUGAAGAUGCCUCAGGAGACUAAGAUAGCGGACGCCUAUCAGAUGCUGAAAAAACAGGGCAUUGUGAUGGUAGAUCCUGCACUUCCUGAUGACAAGCCCCUCCCACCCCCUGCACCCAGAGCCAAAAACAUCAUCUUUGAGGAUGAGGAGAAAUCCAAGACGCUGUCUCGCUUGUUGAACAGCACUCAACCAGAAGAUCUAAGAGCAGCAAACAAGCUCAUUAAGGAAAUGGUCCAGGAGGACCAAAAGCGUGUGGAGAAAGUAUCAAAGCGCCUGAACGCCAUCCAGGAGGUGAAGGAGAGUGUGAGCCUGCUGAGCCAGAUGCUGGAGGGCUACAGCAGGGAGAGCUGCUCCCAUAGCAACCAGGAGCUCAUUAAGGAUCUCUACCGGCGCUGUGAAAAGAUGAGGCCCACACUUUUCCGGUUAGCCAGUGAUACAGAGGACAGUGAUGAAGCACUAGCUGAAAUAUUACAGGCCAAUGACAGCCUGACGCAGGUCAUCAACCUAUACAGACAGCUGGUGAAGGGAGAAGACGUGUCCAAGGAUGGUCUAACCACGUCCCCACAGACGGGCGACAGAAGCUCAGCUCUCGUAGACCUGAUGGGACUGAACGCAUCUGCAAACACGGCACCAUCCGACCCAGAGCCCUGCAGCCUGCAGACCCUCACUCAGAACAUGGGCAUCAGCCUGCUGGAUGAUGAGCUCAUGUCACUAGGAUUGAAUGUAACGGAAAACUUUGACUCUCAGAUCACUUUUCAGUCCUCUGAUGGCCCGGAAACAUCGGCUGCAUUGAGCCCUGCAGUGUUAGUGCCAGCUGUGGUCCAAACAGCGCAGGCUCCACCAGCAGGGGGCCCCACUGCCCCUCCUAAACCCAUAGAAGGGCUGGACCUGUUGGGGGAGACGUUGUUACAGCAGUCCCUACCUCCAGAGAGCCAGCAAGUCAAAUGGGAUAAACACCAACCUCAAUCCAGAGUCACUUUACGAGACAUGCAGACCAAGUCCAACGCCAACCCUAAAGCAACCUCCAACCUUGCUCCUACUCCCGGGCCCACGUUCAGCCUGGCCGUCCAAUCAGAGCCGCCGGACUCUCUCCUCGUCCCAAAUCUCAGUCUGGCGCUUUCUGCUGACCCUUACGACAACAUCUCUCUAGCUGACGUCACCGUGCCACUGGAAGCAAUCAAGCCUAGCAGUUUCUUACCAGUGACUGUAUUCGACAAACACAGUCUCCGGGUUUUGUUCACCUUCGCUCGUGACUGUCCUCCAACCCGGCCCGACGUGCUGGUGGUGAUCAUCUCCAUGCUGUCCUCUGCCCCCAUCACUGUCACCAACAUCCGCUUUCAGGCAGCCGUACCAAAGGUGAUGAAGGUAAAGCUGCAGCCUCCCUCUAGCACAGAGCUCCCCGCCUUCAACCCCAUCCUGCCUCCAGCUGCUAUCACACAGAUCCUGCUGUUGGCCAACCCUCACAAGGAAAAAGUACGUUUGCGGUACAAGCUUACAUUCAACCUGGGGGACCAAUCUCACGAUGAAUCCGGAGAUGUGGACCAGUUCCCGCCCCCACACACCUGGGGGAACUUUUAGACCGACCUCCUGUCAUGAUCUGCUGCUGCUUUCCUUUUUAGAUUUCGGUUGAAGUUGUCCCUCAUCGCUGGCUUUGAGGUGGGACGGCCUCUCCCACACUGAAACGGUUUCAAACUCUGGUUUGGUGAUACAAACUGAAAUGAAACCGUGGUGGGCUCCAGCUUCUACUCUGUGCCUUCCUUCGCAGCCUUCCUGUCUUUACUCCAUCAUCUCCACCUUCCUGUGUUUCGUACAUGCUUUUUUCUUCAAUCAUUCCAACACAAACUGUCAGAGAAAUGAUUCAAUGAAGUGGGGAAACAAGAUGAGCCUAUUUAAACAUUAAUGUGAGCAUUUGUCCACAUAACACGCACUCCUCUCAGAUGUCCCAUGUCAUGUGAAGUCAUGUAACAGCUGGUGUUUGCAUUAUUUCAGUUUUUUUACAAAACCAAAUCAACCCUUAAGAAGCGUUCCUGCCUUUUGGCAUUUUGGGCUAACAUGUCCCACAUUCAGAGUGUUUGAGUGUUCUGGGUCGCAAUCAUUAUUUUCUUUCAGUUUGUCAUAAACACUUUUCACUUACAUGCUUAAAGUGAUGUUUACAGUAUAAACAAGAGCCAAAACAUCCAGUGUAUUCAACCUAUGAUCAGAUAUUUCAUCAGAAUUUCUGUUUCAGCGCUACUUCAGUGUUCAAGAAGCAGCAGCAGCAAUAUUGGAUAUAAUCGUCAAAUCAAGUGGCGUAGGGAAAUGAAGAAACUAAAUUUAAACAUCACUUGGAAUACAUGUUGAUGAUUUUUUUAUAUAUAUAAUGGAGAGUGUUCAGAGUAGAUCUGAAAGGCAGUAAUAACUGGGAAAAUAUCAACACAGAUGAGACUCGGGAGCAUAAAUGAUAGAUUGGUACACGGCUUUUAAAUGAUUGCCUUUGUUAUAUUUGUGUCAGAGCAGGUGUUAUGGAAUUCAAAUUUCAUCGACUUCAUUACUUACGUCUGUCGUUGGAAAAUUAAGGGUGCUUAAAUCUGACCCUGUUUGAAAUGUAUUUAAUUUUAAUUUCUGCACUUUUAAAAAAAAGAUUGGGAAACUUGUUUUUGUCAUUUUCACUCAGGAUUUUGAAAGUUAUUUUACACGAAACAAUCGUUCAUGCACUUGUUUUAAUUUUGCACAUGAAACCAUUCCACAUUACCAUACAUUAUCUUUCUUAUUCUUUGCUGCCAUGUUACUGCGUCUCCAUCCAAAGAGGGACAUCAUCGUUGACAUCCGGUUUGAUUCUACCACAUGUGCCUGAGAUAUGAUUUUCUUUUUUGCUUUGUACAUAUAUGUAAACAAAAGUUCAUGUCCUUAUCAGAAAAUAUUUUGUGAAAAAUGUUACUGAAUCAUCCUGAUCAUCCACGGUUAUUGAGUUGAUUGGAGCACUUUUAGGUCAUACAAGGCUAAAAUAAAUUGGUAAUGGAGGCAGACUGGGUCCAACUGAGAAGAAACGUUUCUAAAAUAACAUGUGAAAUGUGUGUUACUACAAGAAGGAUACAGUAGGAGAUUCAGUUUAUAAAUAUGUGGGAUCAAGGGAAGAAUUACCCAUGGUGUAAUAUUUAUUCAGUUAUGAACCUGAAGGAUCAACUUCCAUCCUCAUCACAGUGCCAUCAACCUGUUUUAUAGGCUGCUUCGUCAUUCUAUAAAUGAUUUCAUUUCAAUAGAGAUUUGCCUUUUAUUUAUUUACAGAUACCAGACAGGAAGUAAGAAAGCAAUAAUGAGACAGUAAUGUCGCCUCAGUAAAUACUUUUCAGUCCUUCAUGGCUCAAGCAGAUUGUAAAUAAUGUACAUGUGCACGAUGUAUUGUAAACUAUGCAUUUAGCGGGUUUGACUCCAUCGUCAGAUACAAACUUAUCUCUUCGACUCAUUGAGCCUAAAAUUCCAAAGUUCCUUCCCCCCUGCCAGAAACACCUCCUUAUUUACUUCUGUAACAUAAUGACAUCACUAUGUAACACUCAAACUUCUAUUGGCUAGUGUCCAACGCAUUGCAUUUGAUAGACUAAAGGGUGGGACAUCUCUAAGUGGUUGACCAAUCCCAAAAGAGCCUGCCAGCUUACCAAUCAGAGCUUAGACUGGGCUCUGGUUUCAGACAGAGGGUGAAAGAGGUGCUGCAGCACAGGCAGUAUGAGAAAAUAAAGAGCUAUUUGAACAUUGAAGCAUGUAGAGACACAAAAUACAAAUAUGAACCUGAAAAUGAGCAUAAUAUGGCCCCUUUAAUAACUAUACAUUAUUGCAGCCUCUAUCUUAUCCGUGGUACUUUUCUUUAGGAUGUGCAGGGGCCUUUUCUUUCAAGAAUGACAAUAUUUGGACUUUAUUCAGUUAAAUAAAGUAGUAAAUCAGCACGGCAUCUAUGAUAUGUCUGCGCUGAUGCAACCUCAGUUACAGAACCAACUAUAGCACCAAUACUUUGCCCUGGAGAAAUUGGAUGAACCGUGCAUUUUGCAGCCAUCAUUUUUUCAUAGAGGUGCAUUCAGGGCUACGCUAUAGUCGUUGUUUUUGCAGAGCCCCCUCUUUAAAGGUCCAAAUAACACCCACCCUUGGUCACAUCAAUCUUAUACUUAAAUGACCUAUAUGCUUCAGAUUGCAGUACACUGCAACAAUGAUUAAAGUGCAUGGAAGAGCUGCCAUUCUUGAAUAACUCAGACUAUAACUCCCACAUUUACUUGAACAAGCAAAACAAAGUAAUGUAGUGAACUCAAACAUGUAGCUGAAGACCCAGGAAAUGUAAACCGUGUAUUUUUGAGGAAGGGAAAUUUCCAUUUGUGCUCCUGAUGUAAAUACAAGCUUCAUGCCAUGAUGUACAUUUAUCAGUAAACGCAACAACCAUGUACAUAUUGCUGGGUACAGACUGAGAAUGUACUACAAAUAUGUAUUAAAGGCCAAUAAAAUCAUUUGUAUGGACUUUA